CCAAAAGCGCUUUUGUUUUAAAACUCUUUACACACCCGCGAAGAGUAAUAUAUAUAUAUCGAGAGAGAGAGAAAGAGUGCUACUUUCCAGGUCUUUGCUCAACAAUCAUUUCGAUUUUCCAUUCCAAUUCCAUGGCGAAGAAAGCUGUGAAAUACUCUGUGGUGGACGCGUUCGCAGACUCGGCUUUCAAAGGGAACCCAGCAGCGGUUUGCUUGCUGGAGGAAGAAAGAGACGACCAGUGGCUACAAGCCGUGGCCGCCGAGUUCAACCUCUCCGAGACAUGUUACUUGACUCGGCUCACUGAGUCUGACUCAGCUCCUCGGUUCGGUCUCAGAUGGUUCACUCCUUCCAAUGAGGUUGAGCUUUGUGGUCAUGCAACAUUAGCAGCUGCAUACACUCUCUUUAACUCUGGUUUGGUAACGUCCGACAUUAUUGAGUUUGCCACAUUAUCCGGAAUCCUAAAAGCUAAAAAGGUUCCAGAUGUUAAGACAGCCAAUGGUUUGAAUACUCACAAUGGGGAAGCACAAGAGUCCUAUUUUGUUGAACUGAAUUUUCCUGCCGACCCCUCUAAUGAAUUCAACUCUGGUGAUGUUUCGGUAAUCUCUAAGGCCUUAGAUGGUGCUUCUAUGGUUGAAAUAAGGAGGACAACUGUCACAGAUGAUUUACUUGUUGUGCUUCCAUCAGCAAAAGCUGUCACAGAUUUACAGCCGCAGUUAGAUGCAAUUCGCCAAUGUCCAGGGUCUAGGGGAGUGAUCGUUACGGGGAUUGCUCCUCCAGAAUCUGUAUAUGAUUUUUACAGUAGAUUCUUCUGUCCCAAACAUGGGAUUGAUGAGGAUCCCGUUUGUGGGAGCGCACAUUGUGCCCUUGCAUCAUAUUGGUGCAAAAAACUUGGAAAGUCUGAUGUUUUUGCUUAUCAGGCAUCACCUCGAGGGGGAGCAAUAAACGUUCAUCUAGAUGAGCAAAAUCAAAGGGUACUGCUGCGAGGAAAAGCUGUUAUUGUGAUGGAAGGAACUGUUUUAGCUUGAAGUUGGAGUUAAUUUUAUUUUGAAGUAUAAACAUUUGAAAUAAAUGUCUCAAUUUGACGGGGAAAGAACCAUUAUAUUUGAAUUAAAUAAAUUUGAGCAAAUUAGUUA